UGCAAGAAUGUGCAAUUGUAACUAUGCACGCUACAAAGUUAACCGUCCUCAAUUUUCUUUCUUGUUUACCUCUUCCUAAGAUUGGAAAGAAUAUGGCGCAAACUCCAAGCAGCGAAUGAGGAACAACCUGAUAUUUUUCAGCAGAACUGUGGGCUUUUGCACCGCCUGUAGCUAAGAGUCGCAGGCGUGACGAAUUGCUGUAUUCAGUGAAGACGAAGACCCAAAGCGCUUAAAAAGACUGUUGGCUUCUUGUUUCCUUCAUUAGGCUGUAAGUAAAAAACGACCGAAUACAGACGUUCUUGAAUCGCUAACUUGAAAUCGUAAUGUGCAUUUGUGACCACGUUGGAUCGCGCUACUCAACAACGUUAGAAGAAAACGUUUGACGAGACUUUUUCGAAUUAACAGAAAGCGGCUUAGGUGGGUGCAGUGGUCGAAACUUCUGAGAAGUUUUUUUUUUUCGUGAAGUCAAAUGGAAUUAGGAGACUUUGCUAUGGAUUAUCUACUGAUAACAAAUAAAUGGAAGUUUUAAAAUACUUAUGUUGAAGUCGGGUAACUCCACAUCUGAGCACACCACGCAAUGGCAAACUUUGCCAGUAUUGCUUUUAAUCGACCCCCCCGGGUACUGCUUUGGUCUUUCGGCUGUGCGCUGAUGUUAUUCGGUUCUCUUUCAAUUGCUUCCCCCACACAUGGUCACCGGCUAAUCUGUUGGCAAGCCAUCAUGAAGUGCCACGGAGAACCGGAGUGUCACUACGCCUACGGCCAGUACAUGCACGCAUGCGGUCCGGUGAUUAGCGGAGAGAGAAAGAAGUGUCCGAGUCACUGUAUCUCCUCCAUCAUUCAACUCAAUCUUACCGAUAACGGCCCGGCACUAGAGGACUGCGAUUGUGCCUCGGACCAUCUGUGUAGGAACACUAAGCGCGCUAUCGAGCCGUGCUUGCCAAAAACCAGCCACAUGGGGUGCACCGAGGCCCGAAAACAGUGCGAGAAAGAUGAGCAAUGCAGCGCGGCAAUGCGAGAUUACCUGUACCAUUGCCGAAAACUUUUUGGAGGCGAGAGGUGCUCGGACGAAUGCCGUAGGGUCAUCUCUAACAUGCGCAGCAUACAAAAAGCGCAGCUCUUGGAUACCUGUGUCUGUGAUGGGACGGAGAGGACGAUAUGCGAGUAUGUGAAAAUAAGCAUGAAAAACUUUUGUUUUGGCCCCCACGACGGAGACGAAGGCAGUGGGCUAUCGGAUUCCGAGGAGGAUAAUUAUGACGAUUACGACGAAGACUAUCGAGAAGAAGAGAGUGCAGGUAGCGCACCCGGAGGCCAGUAUGUUUUGACAGUGGUAGCCACCAUUUUGGGUUUGCUGUCUGUUCUGUGGUAGUCGCUGGAUCUAGUCAUUGUUCUACGAAGGACCACCGACAGCAAUAAAGUUCUCGAAACGGUUUCCUUCAGCUUUACUUCACCGCUACAUAUCCUUCACUGUAAACGACAAAACCUUAA